AUGAAGAGUAAACAGUUAGAGGUAGAAGUAGAAGUACAACAACAAGUUGAAGGUGGAGUAGAAAAGGAAUAUACAAAAGCAGAGUUGAAUAGAUUAUUAAAGCAAGAUGUAUAUGAUCUUUGUAUUAAAAGAGGUAUUUCAGUUACAACAACCGAGACAAAAGUAUCGUUGGUUCAAAAGUUACUUAAAUCACCAAAACACCAAAAAGAAGAGAAACAACCUGUAGUUGUAGAGAAUACAAAUACUUCUGCACCAAUUGCAAUAGAAUCAACAACAACAACUACUACUACUACUACUACUGGUACAAAAUGGGAAUGUGAUCUUCCAUGGAAUAUCGUUUCAAGAAUACUUUUAUAUUCAUUCAAGAAUGCUAGUAUUUGUACGUGUGUCAAUUCAUUCAGACUAAGAACUGAACAAUUAAAACUAGUGGAUGGAUAUGGGUAUGCUGAAAAGUCAAGACAUUUGGAUUUGUUUGGACACUCUCAAAUGAAUCCACAAAUCAAAGAUCAUGUAUUAAAGAGAGAUGGAAUGUGUCCAAUGCACCAAUUCAACCAUGACCUUGGAUACAAUGCAUCAAUCACCUUUGACAAGGAUAUGCAGUUAAAGGAUACACUACCAUCGUAUGGUGAUGAUGGAAGAUUGUGGAAACGAUCAGUUGCACUUGUCUCUAAAAGAGUAUUUGCAUUAGUCUCUGAUGUUUUAUUCACAGACAUUACAAUUCGAGCUGACAAUAUUGAUGAAUGGUGGAAUCACAUUACAAACAACUCAUGUGUAAUUAAAAGAGCGAAUACUCUUACUAUUGGUCCAUCCAUUCUACCAUCAUCGCUCUUUCCAUCGACCAACAACAUGUUGUUGUACAAGAGUGCUAAAGAAUUAUUGUUUGGUAGUGUUGAUAAAUUACAUAUUCAAUCGGAUCAAUUGGUUGAAAAGAUGGAUGGGUUGAAAAAGAUAGCUACAAAUAUGCCUCAACUCAAAAGUAUCGUUCUUCAUUGCAACCUAAGCAAGUUUACACUUAAAGGGUUCUUUACAACUCAGUUUACCAACUUGACCUCACUCAAUUUAUAUUUGGUUAAUGUCAAGUGUGGUGGUGUCAAAUUUGACCAAAUACCAACAUUUCUACAACCGGGUACAUCCAUCACCAAGAUUAUUCUACCAUGUUAUUUGGAUUGGAAUAAACUGGAUAGUAGUGUCAAACAAAACCUAGAAACAAUUAGUUUACGUGGAAAGGCUGAUUUUGAUUGGCCAUCAUCCAAUAUUAUCACCUUUUCUGAAAUCAAACAAGAGGAUUUCCGAAAACUCAAACAUCUACAUAUUACCUAUUACGAUGGUAAAGAAGGUAAUUGGAAUGAUAUGAAUCUACCACUGCUGAGUGUUAAAAAGUUAACACUUACAAGAUGUCCACCAGAUGUAUCAGUAUUUAUACGUAACCCUCAAGUCUCUGUGGUCAGAUUCCGAAACAUCAAUAAUAGCAACAACUCUCCAUUUUUCAACCAAAGUACCAUUAAUCCAGAAACCAUAUCACAGUUAUUAUUUGGUAAAACUACUACUAUUAGUAGUUUAUCUAAAAUCAUUAUAGAUUCACCAACAGAUAUUGUAGAUAAAGAUAUUAAUCGAUUUAAAGAUCAAGGUUAUCAAUUUAAAGGAUCAUCAUUUUCAACAAAAUACUCUUUAAAAAAAUUAAUCUUUACAAACAAAAACUAA